GCAUAAUGUAAGCCGGGUAUUGACAGGCUCCUGUUAUUGGAAAACAUCCUUAAACGCUGUUGAUAUAUUGCAAACCCUCAACCUUCUAGUUUCCGAUGGUCCUCCUUGUAGCAGCAGCCUUACGUGGAAGGCCGACACGCAUUGAGAACAAUUAACGUACGUAAGAAACUUCUUGUUUUGCGAUAACGAUUGACCCCUCAGUCUUGUCAAGUCGUAAAUUGUCAUGCUAGCUUCAGAAUAAUUGUUCGUCGUUAAAACGGAAAUCUGCUACGUAUCUGGAUAAAGCCCGGUACUACAUAAGAGGAUAAUUGUAGUAGUAAGUGCACUUAGAUUUCACGUUCUUUGCUGAUACUGUUUACACUAGUGUUUAUAAUAGAGAACUCAUGCAAUUCUAGGUCAGCAAGCCCAAUACGUAUUAUGCUUGUAGACUGUAUUGCUAAUACUGAUAAUUUAAGUUGGACCAUAAGUUUCGUUGUGUGGAUGGCUCAGUAGUAGAUGACUAUCGAUUGGCAGAUAUAAGGCCCCUAGAACAACUUGUGGCUCCCUUUACCUCGUACCCCUUAGUUUUAUAGUGUAGUUUCCCACGUCAUUCAGCCCACCGCUAGGGUUAACGACUGCCUACGAAUUUUAUUACUGAAUUGAUUUCGUGUACAGUUAUACGUUUUAAUAUUAUUACAAGUGCUUGAACGUAUUAGAGGUGGUUAUUUCCACAGGAACUAGCCCACUCUUGUUAUAAUCAAAGAAGGGUUAACAGACAGAGGUAUUAACGUAACGGCAUCACGGCCCGGCGUUUGAAAGGGCUUUAAUACUCCAAGGCAAUCAAACUUAGUGACAGUUCAUAAUCUCCUGAGAGCAAAGAACCCGACAUCUACCGAGGCCAUAUUUUACUUUAGGAUAGGAACUUGUAUAUUGAAUCAUGCCCCGGGAAUCAUGUCUUGCAGUGGCCGUUAUAUAUAUGCAUGGUAAUAUAUUUAGGUCCAAGUAAAAUAGGCUGAUAAUAAUAGGUGCCAUCCAAUUCAAGUUUUGUUGCGACUCAGGAGCUGAACUGUUUGAUGAACUUUACUGUCAGAACUAAAGUAUUCUUCGCUGGUUAAUAGCUCCACCUCGGUCCACGCGCGGAUACGUUCAACAUUUAUUGGAAAAAAUAAAGAGGCGACGAGGUACAUAGAUCGUGAAAUUCCAUUUUAACUAAGCUUCGUCUUCUUUCUCCUCUAUCAUUUGAAACUGAAUUCUACUUACAGUUUUUCAUCCCCGCGAAUAACUGAAGAGGAUAAACAGGGAGAUAUGACAGCGAGAGCGACAUUAUACGUAUCAUACUUAUGAUUAGAAAAACAGAAUCGAAAGACAAAGAAAGGGUUCUGAUGCAAAGUAUUAAAAUGAGUGAUGAACUUUUAAGUGAACUCCAAACCGCAUUGUUUGGAUCAACAAAUCUUUCUUGGUUCCGUGACGUCUCCGGUCAGCAUUUCAUGGAACUGCCGGGUUAUGAUCUGAUCAUCUGUGUCAAGAGAAUAGUAUUUUUUUUCCGGGGAAAAGAGGCUUCUUCUGGCAGGGAAAAUAGUCUCUUAAAAUUAAGGGUAUUUUCUAUGCCGAAAAUCACAAUGCUGGUUUUGAGAAUACCCGCUUUAAGACGAAAUUUUUCGAAAGUCAUGGUUAAUUAGAUAAUAAAAUAUUUCGUUGUUUAAUUGGGAACAACGUAAGGAUUUGAUCGAUCAAAAUUGAGUUUGAAUCAAGUAGACGGAUUCUGAUCUAACUCUUAGAAAGUAGCAGGUAUAAAUUUUACAAGAGUGCGUUUCUCACUUCUUCAACUUAGAAUUUGCUAGUUGUCUGGUCAACUGUGUAAAAUUUGUUUCUUUUUUAUUUCUAAGAGCUCAGUCUCAGUCUGAAUACAUCGCGAACCACACACGAGACCUAUAAAACAACAACAAAGCGUGAAUAAAGUUUUCUGAGACUAUUUUAAGAAUUUUGAGAGAUUGCUGGAAAAAAAUUAUCUGUUCCUCACUCCCAGCAAGACUGAUGGAAGAGUUCCCAGCCAGCAACCUUACAACCUGCAACCUGACUUACUGGGAAGUUUCAUAGGGCACAAUUCAGAUCUUGAGUGGUAAGCAACCCAUACAAGUAACCCGUAGCAGCUAUUCUAGACUUCAAAUCCCCUCUGACACCCUGAAUUAUCUUUUUCCCAGCAACACUUUCCUUCCAAGGACUAUUAUUUCUUCCUCAUCUCCCAGCCAGCAAAAAUUUGCAUGAAGAACAGAUAUUUUGAGGAACAGAUCCAUUGGGUGCCCCUGUCUUUUUUUUAAUUUACUACAGUCACUCAGAGCAAGCGGAGGUCAAGAUGACUAUGCAAUUUUUAUUUUAUUAUAUCCGAUUUCACAAAAGGACUCCUCAAGUUUUAAUUGUGAGUAGAAACAUUCAGCCUCGUGUUGAGAUCAGGGAGAAUCCGACAAAAGGCAUGCGCAGUAUUGGAAGGAAAUGAUGGUCACAUGCCUCAUUUUUGCCUUUUCGUAUGUCCGGAAAAUAUUACAAUAAGUAGAGAAAAUUAGCAUGGAUUUAUCGCUGACUUAUGUCAACGAAAACAAGAUAUGUGUUAAGAUCAGAAGAGGAUAAUCCUCUCUUGGCGAAGAACAUUUAAAAAACUAAUUCCAGACCCUGAAAAAAAUUUAGGAAACCGACACUAUCUGUGACGCUGUCUUGGAACCCCUCUCUGGUCCUUGCUAUGUUAUAAUAUUUUGUAAAACGAAAACAUUGUUGUGAGCCCUGGUAGAAGAUCAGAACAAUUAGAGGUCAUCAAGAAACUAUCAUCGACCCUCCAGCGUACGAGAUCGAACCACAAGGACUUCUUCCCAUGCAGAGGUUCGAACGUCUUCUUUUAGAAAGAGAAUUCAUUUCAUAUAUGUUGUUAUAAGCUCUUCAUACUCUGAGUAGUGUAGUACACAAAGAGAACAUAGAGAUCAAAUCAUGCGUAUGUCAAGUGGCUGCUUACAAAAAGGUUAAAAGCAGAGUAAAAUUAACCGCCCCCCCUAAAAAAGUCGCGGUCGCCUAUGAAACGUGGUUAUUUUCGAUAGUGUGUGACUGUAAUGACUGGAAAAAUGUUGAUGUUUUGGACUAUAAAGUGCAAGAAAGAUCGGACAGCUAUGAACGGAUAUUUUACUGCCCAGUAUUUCGAUGAGGUAAAAUAAGAAAAAAAAACUAACCUUCAUCCGGCGCUGAAGAAAGCUUCAUCUUUUGAUAAAGUUAAGCUUGCUUAUAUCCAGAUCUUCUAGACAUAUAUAUUAUACUUCCUUUCCCAUUUAUAAUAAAAUAUAUAGUUUAAAUCACGAUAAAUGUUUCAAAUUAAAAUAGCAGUGUACUGUCAGCAAAAGACAGACCACUCAUAUUGUAGAAUGUAUGUUAAACACUUUUGAUCAAAUUUAAUUAUCUUUUCUGCGCGUUGUCUUAGCCCAAAAUCAGGUACACGAAUGAGAACUUGUUAUCAUCCACGUUUUUAUUUUAUUGUAUUUUAUUAACUUUUUUCCAUUUUUUCUCAAUUUAGAUAAUAUCAUAAUCAAGUUAGUGAAUGUCCGAGGCACUAUGCGGAAGGAAGCUGAGGUAAACCAAGAACCAGAUUUUUUUUUUUUUCGCGCUACCUUGGGUCUAUAUAACUCAGUUAAACUGACUGCUCAAAUUGAUUGUCACAUGACGUAAAGUGACGUCAUGACGACGACAUAUCUUUUGGAGAAAACAUUGCCAAAUACUAGGCUGUCAAAACUCAGUUGUCAUGGUCACGACAAUGAUAAAUGCACUACGUCAAAUGCUCCCUGAUAAAUAGGUCAAUGACUUCCGAGUUCCAAAAACCCUCACUUUCAAAAUGAGGCUAAGGGCACAACCUGUCUUAUGACUAUAGUUUUAUUUGCGUGAGAAUAAAAAAUCAUUUCCCAUAUUAAAGGCUAACCACUUAACCCCGGGGGAACUCGAAAAUCAGCUCUAAUUAUUUAUAGGAGACAAAGAAAAUUACAGUUUAACCUAAUUUUACCUGAACAAUUUGAUGUCAUUUCUAUAUUAAUCUAAAAGAGUGUAAACACCUUUAGUAACUUCAGUCCAUCAAUACCACUAAAAGGGGUGAGUCGCCAAGUUUUGCGGUCAUAGUUUCUACGGUUUUGAAGUUAUUCAACUUUAAAGUUGAGUCCCCCGGUUUAAAUAGACAAAAAUAUUAUUCUUAAAAAAAUUGUAGUGUUUUUUUUUUCACGACAUAGCCGACUAUAUUUUGUAUGUUAGUGUAUUCAUUUGGCCACUGGUUUAAUUUCAAUUGGACUUUACCCUGAGCUAUGCGUUUAAUCGAACCAUUGCCUUCUAUGUGCCCCAUUUAAGGAAAUCUACGACAGUCUUGGAUUCGGGAUUCCAAGCCGUGGAUUUCGGUACUGGAUUCCAGUCUUUGUCAGUGGUACUUGGAUGAUCCGGAUUCCAACCGUUAGGGAGAUUCCGGAUUUUUUUAGGGUAAUCCGGAUUCCCCAUCAAAGUUUUCCGGAGUCCGGAUGCCACAGGAAAAAAAUUUCCCGCCUUCGGGAGAAUCCGGAAUCCCGUACUGAUGAAUUUUUUUAAAUUAAUUCUUUCUCUCUCCUUCUUAAGGAUGCCAGAUCUGAGGGAUCAUCAACCUCUUUCGCAAGAGACCCUUUAAGAGUAACGCUAGUCGGAAGUGAAUGGGGAUCAUCAAAAGGAGGAUUAUCUACGCUGAACAGAGAACUAGCAAAGCACUUGGCACGUCAGCCUGGGGUAGAGGUUACCCUUCUGGUGCCAUAUUACAGUGAAAGAGAGAAGCAAGAAGCUAAUGACUGUAGAAUAAGCCUUGCCACACCAGAGCCAAUGCCUGGGUUUGAUUCCAUCAGGGGAUUAAGCUUUACUAGAGAAGAUCAUGAUAUUGAUGUUGUUGUAGGCCAUGGUCAGAAGCUCGGAGCACCAGCUCAGGCGAUAGCAAAACAGCGCAGGUGCAAACGAGUUCAUAUAGUACACACUGCCAGUGAAGAGCUUGCAAUGUUUAAGGAAGGCGAAACAGCGCUACCGAAAGGCGAGGAAAAACACCAAGCUGAAUUAGAACUGUGUAAGAAGGCUGAAAUCGUCGCGGCUAUUGGACCGAAGCUAGCGGAAGCCAUCUCCGCCCCCCUGCGGCCGUACCGUAAGGAUCAACAGGUGAUAGAUAUCACACCUGGAAUCUUUCCGGAGUUCACAAAGAUGGAGCAAGCCAGUGAGGAGGGAGGAAAGUUCCGCAUCUUAGUGUUUGGUCGGGGUGACUCGGAAGACUUUGAACUAAAGGGAUACGAUAUAGCCGCCCAAGCUGUAGCAGGCUUGAAUGAUAAAAGCUACCUACUAAUAUUUGUCGGAGCGCCAAAAGGAAAAGAAGAAGAGGUCAAAAAUAACUUGCUGAAGUGCUGCAUUUCUCGCAACCAACUUAUCGUGCGAGGCUUUAUUGAGAGUCGUGGUGAAUUGGAAAAUCUCUUCUGUGAGGCGGAUUUAGCCAUUAUGCCGUCACGAACAGAAGGUUUUGGCCUCGCAGCACUCGAAGCUCUUUCCGCUGGCCUCCCCAUUUUGGUGGGUGAUAAUUCUGGAUUUGGAAAAGCUCUGCAGACUUUAACUUUUGGUUCGUCGUUCGUAGUAGACUCCGAUGAAGCUGAGGAGUGGGGUAAAGCUAUUAGACGUGCGAGACAGAAAGAAAGGCAAAUUCGGCUCAACGAAGCGCUCUCUCUGCGAGAGUUUUAUGACGAAAAGUUCAAGUGGGAGACGCAAUGUAAGAUCCUGCUUGAAAGAAUGCGCCUUCUUUUUCAAUAAACUUCAAUGAUCGGUUAAGGUCUUUGCCAGGGUCGUUAUGAUUCAUUGGAUAGUCUUUGCCAAUGACAAAAACUGCCCGUGCAUCCGUGCGUAUCAAUUUUAAUACACAAAAUGACAGUUUGAUUCUUAUAUUACUUAUUACUUGUCUUCUUACGACUACUUAAUUUUAGGCUCUUGAGGACGUAGCCUUGAAAUGCAUGUAAUCACGUGUUUAAUCUUCCGUUGUGGGGGUUGCGGAGUUCAUCAAGCCCUUUCUCUGACCGCGUGAAUCUUCUAACACAGUUGUCCUGGGUUCCAAUCUAUGUAAAUAGCCAGUAAAGAGUCAGUAGAUUAGUAGUCUGCGUGACGAUAUCAAAAACGGCUGUGUAGCAGACAAGUAGAUUAGUUGACGGUAAGCGCCAUUAGUUAGCGCUGCUAUGCUUUCUAAAGCUUUUUUCACCGGAUGUCACGAAAAUAAUGCCAACGGCGACCAGAUUAGUGCACCAAACCAGUCCUGUGGCGAUAUCUUAACUCCUGCUAGUUAUAUGAAUAAAAACGCACUAUACAUUGCAUCAAAAUAAUUUUAGUGGUUUUAAGCCGACGUGAUAACUUUUUUUUUAAAAUUGAAAUGAUGCCA